AUGCUGAUACCUCUCCUUUUGAGAGCAUUCAGGGGCACUCACUUGCGCCGUCUUUCUAUAGCACCUCGUCUAUAUAACCUGUCCAAGUACCCAUCUUUCAUUCACGAAGAGCUCAAAGAUGUGCCUCGCUCAAAGCAGACCAAGAGCCUACCGAAAGCCAGAAAACGUAUAUUGAUCCUCAGUCCAGAGGAGACUAAGGAUAAGAAAUUCUCGCGAUAUUUGAAAGAUGUCAACAAAAAGGGGAGACGAGCCUCUUCUAAGCCUGUGUUGAAACUCAUAGACGAUGACUCGGUCCAUUCCAUCGGCUCAUCUACCACCAGCAAUGAGAUCUUGCUAGACUCCGUUGAAAUGUUCAAGCCAAAGUCACGAGAAGUCAGUCUGGCAAAGAAAUCAUCCAUAAUCAGUAAUCUUGGUAAAUCUUUCACAAAACCUCAAUUGCUUGACUACAUCAAGCAGAAUCACAAUACCACCAGAGGUCUCAAAUCUGCUCCCAAACAUAAAGUGGCCACUUUCAUCGUUGAAAAGCUUUGGACGACGAAUGUAUCUGGUGUCUCUAAACUCGAGGACUUGUUCGUUACUGAGCCCGUCACGCUUACUCAGUUGGAAAUGUUUCUUCUUCUUCUGUGCAAUGGCCUCGUCCUUAAGCAUAUACGAAGCGCAGUAUCGAAAAUUCAGUUUGAUCGAAAGUCCAACCAGCUUUUGCUUACAGGCACUCCCCAGCAAAUUGAAAAUGCAAAAAUCAACUUGAUGCUGGAUCUUGAAAGUGCAAAUAAGGAGGAGAUUGACUUACAAACCGUCAAGUCGCUUGCAUUGCAGAAGCAUGGCUCUUUUGAUGUCAAAGAUGUCAGCAACAAUACGGAAGUGUUCUUUCAGCAUCUUGAAAACGACAAGUACGAGCUCUACGCUUUCAAUAAGAAUCAACUUAAAAGAACUAAGCGUCUUCUCCUAUGGCUUUUAAAUUAUAAUCCGCACAACAAGGAAUUUUUACAUCUUCCUGAAGGUUCUCAAUUGCUUAAAAUGUUGCCUUUUAAGGAUGACGAUUCUCUUUCUUGGAAAGAUCGAAAUAAAAAUCUUUAUGUCGUCGAACGCCUUAACACCAACCCAAAUACGCUUCUAGUAGAUGAGCUUGCCAAGUUCUCCGAUAGCGCAUUGGCAGACGUUGAUUUGGACGAAGAACUUUGGCAUGAUGAGGAUGACAAACUUUCCUUGCGAAGAGCUGCUGAAGAGAAGAUUGACGAAAGUGGAUGGGACCUUCUUGAAUCUCUCGGAUUUGGGAAGAGUAAAAAAAAUAAUGCAGCCAAAAUGGAUCAGACAAUCUCAUAUAAGGCUACCCUUUCACAAUCUCAGCGUGAUCAGAUAUACAAAGAGUUGACAGAUUUCAGCUACAAACAAAACUUACCAGGAGUUGCAAAAGCUCAAUUGGACCCCAAGAUCUUUACUGUUACAUUAGGAAACAUACUUUUCGAAGCUGAAAGUAAUGAGUCAGGAGUUUUGCCUCCUAUUUUAUCGCUCGGUGAACACAAACUGUUUCAAUUCAAUUCUAAUGUCACCCUCGCGCAUGACAAGUUACUAUCAAUUCAACAACGGGAGGGAGAAGGAGCGGUUCUUAAAGACCCUCAUAUAUAUAGCUUGCAGUUCAAGUUCACUCCUUCACCAUUCACCCAUGGAGCUAAUGUUAUGACAAAUGAACACAUGGAUUAUCCGCCAGUGGAAAUGUGGGUGCAAUUGAAGAAGAAUCUUGUACCAGAUAUUGAUUCUCUUCACCUUGUGUCCGUCGAAGCGGAAAAUUCUAGCCUCGUGUGUUUGCCUGAGGCCAAAAGUGAUAUGAAAGUGACUUGCCAAUUAACAGGGCGUGUCAUUCAAGAGCUAGAUGAACAAGAUUUUACCCAGCAAACAAUCACGGAGACGCUAAUAUCAACCAUUGAUCGCUACCAACGCUUCAAGAGUCAGCCAGGAGUGAUUGAGUUUUUGCAAAAUUCGCAAUUGGACUUCAGUGGGAAGACACCAACAUCUAUUGCACCCAACAUCGACCUUGUUAUCAAUGGGAAGAAAGUGCGUUACCAUUACCUCAAUGUAUCUUACAGAAGAGAAAUUGCAUUUGAAGUGCCACACUCCAACGGCGAGGAUCUGAUGGUGCACGUCAGUGUGGUCGAUGGUGGUAGUUUAGGAGGAAAAAGAAUCGAGAUCAGAUUUGUGGGUGACUACACCGGCAAAGUCAGCAGGGAGGAAUUUGACGCUCUCAUUGAUCAAGUACUCAAGUUCCUCAAUACUUUGUAA